AUGUUUAAGCUGUCUUCUCCUCUGUCUCCUUUUUUAUCUGAUUUGUCUCCUUUCUCUCUCGCAGCAACACAGCAGCAACCAGCAGCAGCAGCAGCAGCAGCAGCAGCAACAGCAGCAACAGCAGCAGCAGCAGCAGCAGCAGAUGGAGAAGCAGCAAGUCUACGUAAGUCUCAACGCUUCUUUAAAGCAGCAGCAGCAGCAGCAGCAGAAAACGGGCUCGUGCUGCAGUGGGGGGACUCCACUAUACGCCUGCUGCGACAGCAGCAGCAGCAGCAGCAGCAGCAGCAGCAGAUGGAGAAGCAGCAAGUCUACGUAAAUCUCAACGCUUCUUUAAAGCUGCAGCAGCAGCAGCAGCAGAAAACGGGCUCGUGCUGCACAGCAGCAGCAACAGCAGCAGCAGCAGAAACAGCAGCACCAGAUGAGCAGCAGGAGCAGCAGCAGGGGCAGCAGCAGGAGCAGCAGCAGCAGCAGCAGCAGCAGCAGGAUGCUUUAUCUGUAUUUAAAGAAUUAGCUUUAAUGGAGAAGCUGCUGCUGCUGAUGCUGCUGCUUCUUCUGUUUCUUUUUCUGGCUCUGAUGCAGCAGCAGCAGCAGCAACAACAGCAGCAGAAACUGCAGCAGCAGAUGAGCAGCAGCAGCAGCAGGAGGAGGAGCAGCAGCAGCAGCAGGAGCAGCAGCAGCAGCAGCAGCAGCAGGAUGCUUUAUCUGUAUUUAAAGAAUUAG